AUGUCUGAUAGCGGCGACAACCUCUCAGACCUUCUUUCCUGCUCUGACACCCACUCCGUCGGCAGCGAUGACACGGAGCCCGACGUUCCCAGCUCGGACACCAACGAUUCCAACCCGCCCCGAACGCCAAUCUCCUCCCGUCAGCCAACGAAAGUGACUAUCCAAUCCCCCGGUCGCUCGUUCAGCGAGCAGCAGCUGAUCAAGAUGCCUCAGGCCGUGCUUCAAGGGGAAAGGUCACGGGGCUCACUUGAGUUAUACCCCACGCUCGCGAAGCUGGCAGUGCCGGCGAUACCCGCCUUGUCUAGCGGUCUCCCGCCUCGGUUCUUGGAAUGGCUCGCGGCCAGGUCAGAGAUAGGGCGCGAGGAGCGUGACCUCAUGUGUAAGUACCUUGGAGAUAUUCGGCAGCUUCAAUUCCAGUGGUAUCAAGCCAACAGAGACGGGUUCGUGAUAAGAGAUCUCAUCGGGCUCAGCGAGCAUGCAUACAAGUUGCUACAACACAUAUUGGACGAGACAUGGAACUGCAAGCUCGGCCGCGGCCAGGAGUUAGAGUUCCUGCAGUGGAUAGCAUUCCUUCGGUGCAUGCAAAUAGAUUUCCGGCCCGACCUGGGGAAAGGCGUCGCCAUCGCGCCGACCUUUUACGAGGACCUCACCACCAGCAUCACUCACCUUGUGACCAAGGUCCUGCGCGAGGCCGAAGGCGAUCCCCUCUGCUCAACAGUAGCCACUUUGGUGAAGAGUACGGUCGAGACGCCUGUGUUGCAUUCCCGCCCGAAAUACAGCGCCAUUCAUGUUGAUGCCGUCAACCACCACAAGGCGCUAGGUCCAAUGAUCUUCUUCUGCGCGAUGGCGCAGACCGAUCAAGAAUUCAUGUAUCAAGCGAACAAGUUGUCUCUGAUCCUCCGCUACCUGCCUUCGCUGCUGGGUUUUCUCAUUGCGCUGGUUAGGCCGGCGCCCGAUCAUGCCGACCUUACCAAGCUCCACAAGGUAUCGGGCACGUCUGAAUGGGUGCAGUGUCGCGUACUGCUCUACCAUUCCGACGACUUUCCGGAGUUCCAAGAGCGCAUGUCUCGCAUCCACCGCAUGGAAGAGUGGGAGACCGACACGCAUCAUAUGUGGCUGACAUCAUCGUCUGGCGAGCCCCAGUCUUAUCCGCCUGGUGCUUGGAAGCCCUUCUGCGAUGGACUCGACAAGAUCGUGCAGAGCCACGCCGUGUCGCCACCCAAACGCCCUUUCGCCGCUUUCACCGACAAACCGCAACACCAAUGGCUCCUCUCGCCUGAGGACGAAGCAGCCGCGCGCCGGAAGAGUCUGGCGAAGGACAUCGCUGUCUCUCUCAAUCAUAGCGCGCAUUGGGUCGCGGGAAACACGAUGAGUCUUCGCAAGGGGGAGGGCAAGAUGAACCUGAAAUGGGCUAAUGAUCCAUACGGGCAGAAGGGUUUGUUUCGCGUCGUUUUGUACAAGUAG